AUGACCUCUACACAAAGCUACAAUAACCUCCAUUUACCGCAGGAGAUCCUGGAUUUGAUUAUUGACGAGGUUGCGCGCUUAAAACCCGUACUCGACUCACAAGCUGCCCUAAGGACCUGCACUCUCGUAUCCAGAGCCUUCUGCAGACGCUCGCGAAAGCACCUAUGGGCUGACUUCGUCUUUUACAUGGACAGGUCUUCUAGGAAACGUGCCACCGAUCUCAUACACAUGCUUCGACGAAGAGACAACAGAUCAUUGGUAGCCCAUGUCCGAUCAAUGCAACUCGUCUUCAACACCCCUGUAGAAGAUGAACAACACCGACUUGUACGUGCAAAGAACACGCUUAGUAAAGCGAUAAAGCGGCCCUUUCAAAAAUACUUUAAACCACAGUACACUGUCCUGGAUGUUCUUCAGCACAUACAAAAUUGCGAUUUUGAACAUUUUAGUGUCAAUUCUCUCGAACAGACUAGGCCUAUCCACUGGACCAAGGACGAAUUCAGCAAAGUCAUAAAGCCUACUCUGCUGGAAGUCCUGUCAAGUAACACGCGCAUCAAGUCCUUCUCGCUGUGCAAUAUCGGAUCGAUAUCUAAGCAGAUGGUGGCAGCUGCUUUCUUUUCACCAGAAAUGGAGGACUUGACCAUGCGGAAUUUACAGUUUGGGGAAGACGAGCUCGUCACUUUCACAGUCGAACGAGAUUGUGUGCUCGCCGAUCUACGAAAGUUAGAGAUGAUCAACGUACCUAUGCUACCAUUGCUCUCGUUGAUCCACCUAUUGGUGCCACAUUCCUGGCCUUCCGGCUCUUUAUCAAGUUCAGACUUCACUUCUUCUGAUCUGGAACCACAACCACUAUUCCCUCGACUUCAAACCCUUGUUGUGUCCGUACCGUAUCCCGAGGAUAUGAACCCUCUUUGGAAAUUGAUUUUGGGUGGGGCGUCAUGCCUGGAAAAUCUGGAAAUGGAAUAUCACUAUAGAAGAUAUGGAAUACCAGAACUGGGUCAACUUUCCCUCCGCCGCUUAACAGCCUUGCGAAAUUUCAGAUUUCGAACAGUCUCACCAGAUGAUAUCGUCUGGGUCGAAGCAAGCCAGCGGGUUUUGCUCAAUAUUUUUACUUUCCCCUGCUUCACCGAGAAAUUGAGAUCAUUUGAGCUUCAGUAUUUAUUCAGCGCUGCUUGGGACACAAGUGACCACACUAAUGGUAAACCGCUCGAACGACUCCGAAACGCAGCGCACUGGGAAGUCAUCGACGAUUGGCUCGUUAGUGACCAUUUCCGUAGCUUCGAAACGCUGCAGCUCUCGGUAAAAGUAGUUCAUAGUAUGGGCGGAAGCGACGCGGUAUACUACAUCCCAGCUGACGAGAUGCUGGCCGCGGCUUUGCUCAUGUUCCCCAAAAUGACCGCGAAAGCUCAUAUUGAAGUUAUCAUGGAGGGUCAGAUAUUCUUCCGUCUGAAUCCGACAAUGUAA